UCAUGGCUUUUAAAGGCCUCCAUUCCUAUGUCCUAAGUCUCUGAGUUAUUUCAUUGCAGCGCACUCAAGUUCUCCAUUGAAGCGCACUCAACGUUCUCCAUCGAAGCGUUCUCCGUUGAAUCUAAUUCUUGUAACCCCCAUUGAAGCAGCUUCUAAGGUUGUCAAAUUCUCGUUUUUUUGAUAUAUUAUAUGCCUUGUUAUACGCCGUACCCGUGUCCCCUAUUCAGGAUUGCCGUUUUCCCGUGUUCGUAUCGUGUCCGUGUCGGUAUCUGUGCAACGUAGCUCCCUCCUAAAAUCAACCUCUCAAGUGAAUGAAACAAAUCAAACAAUCACAAAAAAAAUGUUCACCAACGACAAACGGCAAGCAGAGAGAACAGGCAAAUACGGCACACCAAGACCGCAACACCUUCAACAACUCAUCACCCAAUUCCAAAACUCCACUAUUUCCAACGAAUCCAAAGAAAAAAUCGUCGCUAAUCUCGCUAACUUCUCCUACGAUCCUUACAACUACGCCAUUCUUCGUGACCUCAACGUUUUAGAGCUUUUCAUCGACUGCUUAACUGAGCCUAAUGAACGUCUCAUUGAGUUCGCUGUCGGCGGAAUCUGCAACGCCGUCGCUGACCCACAAAAUGCUCAGAUUGUUUGUGAUUGCGGCGGUGUUGCGGCGUUGAUUGACUGUCUUUCGAGUCCGGUGAGGAAUACGGUCAAGUUGAUGGGUUUGCUAAUCUUGCUCAGGCUUUGUUGGACAAGAUUUCGGAAACAUGAAUUUCAUGUUGAGGAAUGGGCAGCUGAACACUGUUCUGCCCCUUUUCGUGCUCCUGAGUUGUGGGAUUGUCCAAGUCAGUGCAAUAUCGAUGAAAGAACUGAUAUAUGGUCACUAGGAUGCACAUUGUACGCAAUAAUGUAUGGUGUCUCGCCCUUUGAGUAUGCGUUGGGAGAAUCUGGUGGAAGCCUACAAUUGGCCAUUGUAAAUGUUCAGAUAAAAUGGCCAGCCGGACCAAAGCCGCCAUAUCCUGAUACACUUCACCAGUUUGUGACAUGGAUGCUUCAGCCUCAAGCUGCUGUUCGACCACGCAUUGAUGAUAUCAUCAUUCAUGUUGACAAGUUGAUAUCCAAGUACUCUGAUUAGCUCCAAACUAUUGGCGGCCGUCAAACUCAAACUUGUAUGCACAGGUGUAUCUUGAAGGAUUUUUAUACAAAUUAUUCUGGUCAUAGACACAUUACAGUUUAGUAAAUUCUGUGUUUGACAAAGGGUUAUCAAUCGCACUUAUUUACUUUGUCUAAUACUUCGUGUAAGUUAGUAUUGAUAUUGGGAUUGUAAACACAAAUUUUAAAUCUGCAAAUUAUAGUAAAAUGUUGGAUCGGA